UUCUCGUCAGUCUGUGUUUACUACACAUCAACACCAGAUGGGUUCUGCUACCUCAAAAAUUCCAGUGACGGUUCCGGAAUCUUAUCUCAUAGGCUUUGAAGUUAACAGACCUCUAUAUUUUUGGAUCAUUCUAAUUAUUUCUGUUUUGGCAUUAACAGCAAAUCUUUUAGCCAUAAGAACAGUCAUACACAGAAAAUACAAAUAUCUACAAAAAACAUGCAUAAUAUCGUUGGCAAUCUCGGACAUAUUGUCGGUGACACUUUUUGCUCUAAAUAACUUGGACUUGCUCAGAAAGAAGCCUAUGUACUGGAUUUAUGGAGAAUUUCUUUGUCACUUUAUACCCGUAGGUCAAGUUCUAGGAAACUUAAGUAGCUCCAUCGCUCUAUUGGUUAUCGCUCUUGACAGGUACCAUAACGUCGUUCACGCGUUAAGUAAAAAAUGGAACCCAGCACUUUGGAAAUGCUUAGGUGCAACUUUUCUUUUUUGGAUUGUUUGUACAGGUAUUUCUUACCCAGUGGUGACGUUCUACUUAUUCAUUCCGAUCUUAGUAAACGGUUACGAAUCUGCACUUUGCUCAGGAGCACCGAUAACUAAGUCCCUUAUACUGAUUUACUACACUUGCAUGACUUUCCUCUUUUUUACCCCGAUUGUGAUAAUGUUUUUUUGGUUUUACUAUAAGAUUGCCCAAAUGAUUUGGAAACAUAGAAAACCACCGUCAGAGGCAUACAGUCAAGAAAUUACCGAAACCUCUACAGCUACUAGAACGACCACCAUUGAUGCUUCAGUGGUAACUUCAAAAAUAAAAAAGAAAAACGUACAAAUGGAACGAAAAGUUAGAAGCUUUAAGAUCGUUGUGAGCUUAAUCGUUGCUUUUAUCGGAUGCCGGCUACCUUAUUGGAUGUUAAUGUUAUAUCAGCAAGUAAAUUUAGGAGAUAACGUAAAUAUCAUGUGGAAUAUUAGAUUUUGCUGUAUAGCCGUGUAUCUAUUUAAUUGCUUGCUUAAUCCAUUUCUUUACACUUUUUUGAAUUUUACCAUAGUAUUUAGCAGGAAGUUUAGCAAUAUUGUGACGACAAUAUGUUGCUGCUGGUGUUCAGAUUCGGAGUUUAAAGAUUUUGAAGCUGGGAAGCCUAUGGCUGAGUGUAUUAUUAUUGGAGUAAACAAUGCAAAAAAUGAAUGUAAACCCAAUGUUACAUUUUUAAAUGUUCCCAUUGAAUUACCCCAGUACGCCAGGAGAGAAAUAUUUUAAGAUGUUUCUUCGUAAUAUAGUGUAAUUUUUAAAUAAUUAAAAAAAGUUAAACCUGUGCUAGUAUUGUAUAAAUAUAUAUUUUUUGCAAUAAAGGAUAAUAUUUCA